AUGAAUGGUAGGCUCCUCUCUGCGAGGGUCGCACCUUUGCUGCGCCGGCCGACGGCGCGUCUCUUUCACAAUUAUGCCCGCUCGAGAGCCGGUGGCCUCUUGAGGCCGGAGGGGCGUCUCCCUCGGCGGGCAUGGCCUCCCGGAUCGAAUUCCAUCCACAAUGUCCCCGCGGUGCGGUCGAUCUCCUUUGUGAGGAUUCUCCCCAAGCUUGCCCUCAAGAUGGCUCGUCUGCCCGCAAUGUUUGGCGCAAGCAUGCUCGCAGCACUGGCAUACAUACAGUAUCAGGCGGCCCAGGCGGGAACCUAUGCCAUGGACAUCCUGAAGAGAGCCGGAGAUACUGUCACUGGGACGUCGUCAAGUAUGUUUGAGGGCGCGAAAGGCAUUGCGGAACAGAUCGGGGCUGGCUGGCAACGGACAAAAGAUGAAACGCACCUGCCUGAGUGGCUCCAACAAGUCUUCGACAAGGGUGAAGAGUCUGGCGGAGGUGACUCUGGACCUGAUCCGCCUAAGUCAUCUGCAUCCACCUCUGCUGCCGCGGCUUCGGCUGCUGCAUUGGGAAUCGAGGUCAUCGAGGGAGACGAACGGACCCAGGCCGAAGAUGAUCAAAUGAUGGUGCUGACAAGGAAGAUGAUUGAGAUUCGAAAUAUGUUAAACACUGUGGGCCAGGGUGGUGCUCUGACUCUGCCGUCUAUUGUUGUCAUCGGGUCUCAGUCGUCUGGGAAAAGUUCGGUUCUCGAGGCAAUUGUCGGCCAUGAAUUCUUACCCAAGGGCACGAACAUGGUCACUCGACGCCCGAUCGAACUGACACUGAUCAACACUCCUGAUUCGCAGGCAGAAUACGGCGAGUUUCCGGCGCUUGGUAUGGGCAAGAUUACCGAUUUCUCCCAGAUACAAAGGACUCUGACGGAUCUCAAUCUUGCGGUACCCGUGGAGCAAUGUGUUACCGACGACCCUAUUCAGCUUUCUAUCUACUCCCCGCAUAUCCCUGAUCUUUCUCUGAUCGACCUUCCCGGUUACAUCCAAGUCUCGGGGAAAGACCAGCCACCAGAGCUGAAGCAGAAGAUCGUCGACUUAUGCGACAAAUAUAUACAACCGCCUAACGUCAUUCUAGCAAUCUCUGCUGCCGAUGUCGACUUGGCCAAUUCGACUGCCCUCAGAGCCAGUCGACGAGUCGAUCCACGAGGCGAGAGGACUAUUGGAGUUAUCACGAAGAUGGACCUGGUCGACCCUAGUCGAGGUGUCGAGAUUCUAUCAGACCAAAAGUAUCCUUUGCGGCUGGGGUACGUAGGCGUCGUGUGCAGAAUCCCACAAACGGCCGGGCUUUUUUCUCGAUCAGGGCAUAACAUCACGAGCGCUAUCGUGAAAAACGAGAAUGCAUAUUUCUCAUCACAUCCCACCCAAUUUGGGCCCGCAUCCAGCGUCGCCGUGGGAACAACCAACUUACGGCACAAACUGAUGCACGUACUUGAGCAGACCAUGGCAGCCAGCCUUGCGGGCACGAGAGACGCCAUCAUCCAGGAAUUGGAGGAAGCGACGUACGAGUUCAAAGUACAGUAUAACGACAGACCUCUGAGUGCCGAGUCUUACUUAGCAGAGAGCCUGGACAGUUUCAAGCACUCUUUCAAAGAAUUCAGUGAGCAAUUUGGGCGACCUCAAGUCCGAGCGCUGUUAAAGGAGGUUUUGGACCAGAAGGUCAUGGAUUUAUUGGCCAAGAGAUACUGGAACAAACCCAUAGAGGACUUGUCGCCAGUCCAGCCCGAAGCCGAUCCGCUGUCCGCUCUGCCCAAGGCAGAUCCUGGGUCAUUAUACUGGCAGCGGAAGUUGGAUGCCUCGACUUCAGAAUUGACAAAGUUGGGUGUCGGUCGACUGGCCACCACAGUUGUGGCCUCAGAGUUGCAACGGCAUGUGGACAGCUUGAUCGCAGCAUCCACAUUCGCCGCACAUCCUUAUGCGCAGCGAGCCAUUGUCGACGCAUCAUCGAGCAUCCUGAACGACCGAUUUUACAGCACCAGCGAUCAGGUUGAAAACUGCAUAAAGCCGUUCAAGUUCGAGAUAGAGGUCGAGCCGAACGAGUGGAGCAAAGGUCGAGAGAAUGUCGGCCGCGUGUUGAAAACCGAACUCAGGGCCUGCGAAGCAGCACAGAAACGACUUGAAGACAGCAUCGGGAAAAAGAGGCUCAGAGAUGUGAUGGGCUUCGUCGACCGCGUUAGGAAGGGGGAUGUUGUUCUUGAAGGCAACGGCACUGGCGGUGCGGGAGGCUUCUCAGCAGACCUCUUGCAAAAAGGACGAGAAGCAUCCUUCCUUCGAGACCGAGCCGACCUCAUCAAGAUGCGACUGAUGGCAGUCAAGGCCAAACAGUGUGCCAACCCGAAGAACAAGUACUAUUGUCCCGAGGUGUUCCUCGAUGUGGUUGCCGACAAGUUAACUUCCACUGCGGUACUCUUCCUCAACGUCGAGCUCCUUUCCGAGUUUUAUUACAACUUCCCACGCGAGCUGGACAUCCGGCUUGGCCGCCAUCUCGAUCACGCCGAGAUCGAGCGGUUCGCGCGGGAAGACCCCAAAGUGCGCAAACAUCUUGACCUUAUCAAACGUAAGGAUAUGUUGGAAAUGGUAUUGCAGAAGAUCGAGAGUCUGCGUCAAUUGGAGGGUCGGGUGAAGCAGCACUCCCAGUUGCCGCCCGCGGUGAAAGAGAGAGGGCGGUGGAGUUUGUUUUGA